AUGGUUGCAGAUUUUGGUGCCAUAAACCUCCAUCCACCGCCACCACCGCCUUUAAAGCCCACCCGCCGUCAUCCAGGGCUUUCGGCGGCACACUUGCCUCCCUCAUCCAGCACUUCUCCAUUUCCCCCUCCGUCAUCCACGGCCUCCUCUUCGGCCAUGCGCAGAUCGCCCCUCCAUUUGCCCAGAUCUGGCCUCUGCCCCUCCAUGCGCCCAGAUCUUGCCUCCGCCACCUCCCUCCGUCGCCUCCUUCUAGCUUCCCCUCCCUUCGACAACGCGCCCUUCUCGCACGCGCACACGCACAAGUACCGCGACCUCCAGCCUCCCCGCACUCGACCACAGGCUUCGUGGGUCGUCGACGGAUGA